UCUUUUGUUUCUUCUAAAAAAGGUUGUUAGAUUAAAUUUACUUAGUAGAAUUCACGAAACUCUCUAAAAUAUAUUUAAUAUAAUUUAUUAUGUAUUCCUUUUCUGGUUCAGGUAGGCCAUUUUCAUUUGGUACUGUCAGCCAUCAACUUACUCAAACUACCACCGAUUGUGUUAGUAAAGUUCGAUUCUCACCGGUUGGUUUUCCAGCAUUCCUUCUUGGGGUAACUUCAUGGGAUUCCAGCUGUUCAAUUUGGCAAGUACAAUCAAAUCAAAAUGAAAUACAGGCGGUUCCAUCAUUUACAACCACUCUUGACGCUCCUAUUCUUGAUCUUAGCUUUUCAUACGAUGGGAAGGCAUUUUUGGGUGGCUGCAGCAAGACUGCUGUGAUGUGGAAUUUGUCAACAAACCAAAAAUCGACUGUUGCAUCUCAUGACCUGCCUAUAAGCUGCUUGGCUUACAUCAAUCACCCUCAGGUCAAUGAUCUUCUUAUAACUGGUAGUUGGGAUGGUAAACUACGCUGUUGGGAUCUUCGCCAGCAAAACUAUAUUAUGGAGGAAAACUUGGGUGAACCGAUCUUUGCCUUGGAUGUACAACGAUCAAAGCCAAUGAUGGCUGUAGCUACAGGACGAUCGGUUCAUAUUUUUCAUACAGACUCCAUGCGUAAAGAAGACACCCUAAAGCCACCCGAUGUCGUAAAAUUUAAUAUUCGAUGUGUUUCAUGUUCUACCAACUUUGAGGGAGUAGCAAUGGGUACUUCUGAAGGUAGGUUAUCUUUUUUGCGAAUGGACAAAAAGCCUGGUUGCACUUUUAAGGCACAUAUUCAAGGUGCCGACGUAACACAGUAUGUAAUGUACCAGACAAAUUUUUGUGUUCACCAUCCUUCAUCUCCAUUAGUUAUAUCGGGUGGUGGUGAUGGUGUUUUGGCAGCCGUAAACAGAUCUACAAAAAAACUGCUCAGGAGUAUGCAACCUGAACUAAAAAUUGACAACGACCCAAUUCCAAUAUCUUCUGGUGAUAUAAGCCCCGAUGGAUCACUUAUUGCGUAUGCUCAUAGCUAUGAUUGGGCUAUGGGAAAAGCUGGGUAUAGAAACCAACCAACAUCAGUCCAUAUCCGAAAGAUCGAAGGUGAUGUAAAAUGAAGUUAAUAGAUCGUAUUCCUUUGCGUAUAUUCUUGGCCUUAUUUCGCCUUGUACUACGCAUAAUUAGAAAUUAAUAUAUAUUUUUAUAUAUGGUAGUCAUGAACUAUUAAA